AUGUUUCAUCCCACUCAGAUCCAACAACACAAAUUUGGAAGAAGAACAGUCAGAGCAAAACAAAGAAGAAGAAACGAUAAAGAGCAGCGCUCCUGGUGCAAUUCGGCCUUCCGCGACCAAGAACCACAUGGCUACCUUGAAGCUGGCCAUAUUUCCGCCACCCGCCCCCCUUCGAUCUUCUUAUGUCAACCUUCAUCCGCGCACACUCCAAAACUGCCUCACAACCUUCACACUAUCUCCCAUCACCACCGUCCAAAUCAGAACCCCUACCCACUAUACUUCAAGCAACCCCUUACAUCACAAACCCAAUCUUCAAACCACCCUCUUUCUCGCCGUCAUCUUCACUCAGCUGUUAAAUCCCUCACUCUAUGCCCAGGUGUUUGUAUCCCAUCUCCUUUCCGAGCACGUGCUCAAUCCCAUCAGAUGGAUGGUAGUGAUAGUCGAAGCAAAGAGACUAUAAGACUGAGUUCGGUGGAACCCAUUUUGAGAUUUGCUAGGGGCAAUGUUUUACCCUUAGCUCUCAUUUCUGCCGUCACGUUAGGAUUAACAUAUCCUAGUCUUGGUUGCGCUCUUGACAAGUAUCGUGUGUCCAAAAUUUGGCCGUUUGGAAUUUUUGUUAUCUCAGGGUUGAUGUUGCGAAGUGAAGAAAUUGGUGCUGCUGUAGAAGCAUGGCCUGUUGGACUCUUUGGGGCUAGCCAUAUUUUGCUGUAUGCCAACUACAUUAUCAAGUGGUGUUGCACUUACCCAACUUGUUGGGGGAAACGCUGCACUGGCUCUUGCAAUAACUGUCAGCAACCAUCAUAA